AUGAUGUUCACUCAGCUAGUGCCCUCUGUGUGCAAAGCUCUCUAUGUGUGUGUAUUCAUUUAUUUCUGUGAGGCCUCUGCCAAUUUAAACUGCAUCGUGUGCGGUGAGAAGGAAGGACUGCAGUUCUUCCUGGUUACGCACCUUCAGCAUCAUGAGAGUGGGGUCGAGGGUGAAAGCUGCUAUUAUCACUGUGUCCUCUGCAACUACUCCACCAAGGCCAAACUGAACCUCAUCCAGCACGUGCGCUCCAUGAAACAUCAGCGGAGCGAGAGUCUGCGCAAACUGCAGCGCCUCCAGAAGGGCCUCCCUGAGGAAGAGGAAGACUUGGGGCAGAUCUUCACCAUUCGGAAGUGUCCAACAGCUGAUGCUGAAGAAGCAGUUGAAGAUGUGGAAGGGGCCAGUGAGACGGCUGCCGACCCUGAAGAGCCUGCUAAGGAGCAAGAGAGUGGCAGUGACAAAGACCCGAGCAAAUGGACAGCACCAGCAGCCAGCCAGGCAGAAAAGGAGCUGACAGAGUCCCCAGCAUCCUCCAAACGCAUGUCAUUUCCCAGCAGCUCUGAGUCACCUCUGUCCUCUAAAUGGUCAAAAACUUCAGAGGAGACCAAACCGGAGCAGAUGUACCAGUGUCCGUACUGCAAGUACAGUAACACGGAUGUGAACCGGCUGCGGGUCCAUGCCAUGACCCAGCACUCGGUGCAGCCCAUGCUCCGCUGCCCGCUCUGCCAGGACAUGCUCAACAACAAGAUCCAUCUGCAGCUGCACCUCACACACCUGCACAGCGUGUCACCCGACUGCGUGGAGAAACUCAUCAUGACGGUGACGACACCCGAGGUGAUGAUGCCCAGCAGUAUGUUUCUUCCAGCAUCCACUCCAGAAAGAGAUGGGAACCCCAACGCUGAAGAGCUGGGGAAGCAGCCUGAGACCUGCGAGGAGUCGGGAAAGAGCCUCUUGUCGGCUGAGAGCGCAGAGCACGGCGGGGACCCCAAGUCGGCCUCUGCCGAUCAGAGCUCCACCAGAGAGGACUCUGGCUUCCUGUGCUGGAAGAAGGGGUGUAACCAGGUGUUCAAAAGUUCAGCAGCCCUCCAGACGCAUUUCAACGAGGUUCAUGCCAAACGGCCGCAACUGCCAGUGUCCGACCGGCACGUCUACAAAUACCGUUGCAACCAGUGCAGCCUGGCCUUCAAAACCAUCGAGAAGCUGCAGCUCCACUCGCAGUACCACGUCAUCAGAGCAGCCACAAUGUGUUGUCUUUGCCAGCGCAGUUUCCGGACCUUCCAGGCUCUGAAGAAGCACCUGGAGACCAGUCACCUGGAGCUGAGCGAAGCGGAUAUUCAGCAGCUCUACGGAGGGCUUCUGGUGAAUGGAGACCUCUUGGCGAUGGGUGAUCCCUCGCUGGCGGAAGACCACACUAUAAUUGUGGAGGAGGAUAAGGAGGAGGAGAGCGACCUGGAAGAUAAACAGAGUCCUACUGGCAGCGAUUCUGGAUCGGUGCAAGAAGACUCUGGCUCGGAACCGAAGAGGGCCUUGCCCUUCAGGAAAGGUCCGAACUUCACCAUGGAGAAGUUUCUGGACCCAUCUCGCCCUUACAAGUGCACAGUUUGCAAGGAGUCUUUCACGCAAAAGAACAUUCUUUUGGUCCAUUACAAUUCAGUUUCUCACUUGCAUAAACUGAAACGAGCCCUCCAGGAGUCUGCUACUGGGCAGCCCGAACCGACCAGCAGCCCAGACAACAAACCUUUUAAGUGCAACACCUGCAACGUGGCCUACAGCCAGAGCUCCACCCUGGAGAUCCACAUGAGGUCUGUCCUGCACCAGACCAAGGCCCGGGCUGCCAAACUGGAGGCAGCCAGUGGCAGCGGCAGUAGUGACGGAGCGGGUAACACUGGGAGCAGCAGCAGCAGCAGUAUCUCCCUGGGCUCAUCCACACCGAGCCCGGUGAACACUAGUAGCUCCAACGCCUUCACAACCACCAACACCAGUAACGCUGGCGCAGCACCGAUCCCCAGCUUGCUCAACCAGGUAUCCAGUGACAGCAUGGGAAUCCCACCUUUAAGCAACCCCAUUAGCGCCAGCAUCUCCCCUUCUGAGCCCAAGGAGGUAAACCGGAAGAAGCUGGCGGAUAUGAUUGCAUCCAGGCAGCAGCAGCAGCAGCAACAGCAGCAGCAGCAACAGCAGCAGCAAGCUCAGACGUUGGCGCAGGCCCAAGCCCAAGUCCAGGCCCACCUGCAACAAGAGCUCCAGCAGCAGGCUGCCCUCCUGCAGUCCCAGCUGUUCAACCCCACUCUCCUGCCACACUUCCCAAUGACCACGGAGACCCUGCUCCAGCUGCAGCAGCAGCAGCAUCUUCUCUUCCCGUUUUACAUCCCGAGCGCCGAGUUCCAGCUCAACCCCGAAGUCAGCCUGCCUGUGACCAGCGGGGCGCUGACGCUGACGGGUAGCGGGCCGAGUCUGCUGGAGGAUUUGAAGGCUCAGGUCCAGCUCCCCCAGCAGAGCCACCCGCAGCUACUGCAGCAGCAGCAAGGGCAGCUCUCCCUGUCGCAGUCGCACUCGGUCCUUGUCCAGCAGAGCCAGCACUCGGAGAAGAAGAACAAAUCCAUCGUGAAGGAGAAGGAGAAAGAAAGCCAGAGGGAGAGGGACAGCGUGGAGAGGGUGGACAGCAGCUCAGGGUCCAAGGAGCCUCUGCCUGACAGCCUCAAGCCCAAAGACAAGAAGGACUUUGCCCCGGGCGCCAGCGCAGAGCCCUCCUUGCUGCCCCCACGCAUCGCCUCUGAUGCAAGAGGGAACGCUACCAAAGCCUUGCUGGAGAACUUCGGCUUCGAGCUGGUCAUUCAGUACAACGAGAACAAGCAGAAGGUGCAGAAGAAGAACGGGAAGACGGAGCAGGGCGAGAACCUGGAAAAGCUGGAGUGCGACACGUGCGGCAAGUUCUUCUCAAACAUCCUCAUUCUGAAGAGCCACCAAGAGCACGUGCACCAGCACUACUUCCCCUUCAAGCAGCUGGAGAGAUUUGCCAAGCAGUACAGAGAGCAUUACGAUAAGCUGUAUCCUCUGCGGCCCCAGACGCCGGAGCCCCCGCCUCCGCCGCCCCCGCCGCCGCCCCCGCUCCCUCCAGCGCCGCCUCAGCCAGCUUCCACGCCAACCAUUCCAGCCUCUGCCCCGCCGAUAACCCCUCCUACGAUCGCACCAGCCCAGCCGUCUGUGCCGCUCACCCAGCUCUCCAUGCCAAUGGAGCUGCCCAUCUUUUCUCCGCUGAUGAUGCAGACCAUGCCGCUGCAAACGUUGCCUGCUCAGUUGCCGCCCCAGCUCGGGCCGGUAGACCCCCUGCCGGCAGACCUGGCCCAGCUCUACCAGCACCAGCUGAACCCCAGCCUCCUCCAGCAGCAGCAGAACAAGAGGCCGCGCACUCGCAUCACGGACGACCAGCUCCGAGUGCUUCGGCAGUAUUUUGAUAUCAACAAUUCCCCGAGCGAGGAGCAGAUCAAAGAGAUGGCUGACAAGUCUGGGCUGCCGCAGAAGGUGAUCAAGCACUGGUUCAGAAACACCCUCUUCAAAGAGCGCCAGCGCAACAAAGAUUCCCCCUACAACUUCAGCAACCCUCCCAUUACCAGCCUGGAGGAGCUGAAGAUCGACUCGCGGCCUCCCUCUCCUGAGCCUCAGAAGCAGGAGUACUGGGGUAGCAAGAGGUCCUCCAGGACACGGUUUACAGAUUACCAACUUCGGGUGCUGCAGGACUUCUUUGAUGCCAACGCUUAUCCAAAGGAUGACGAAUUCGAGCAGCUUUCUAACUUGCUGAACCUCCCUACGCGCGUCAUAGUGGUCUGGUUCCAGAACGCCCGCCAGAAAGCUAGGAAAAACUAUGAGAAUCAGGGAGAAGGCAAAGACGGGGAACGGCGGGAGCUGACGAACGACAGGUACAUUCGAACGAGCAACUUGAACUACCAGUGCAAAAAGUGCAGUCUCGUCUUUCAGCGCAUUUUCGAUCUUAUCAAACACCAGAAGAAGCUUUGUUACAAAGAUGAGGACGAGGAUGGACAGGACGACAGCCAGAACGAAGACUCAAUGGACGCAACGGAGCUCUUGACUCCGACCAGCUCCUCCUGCAGCACGCCGAUGCCCUCGCAAGCGUAUAGCACCCCAACCUCCGCCGCUAAUGCAACCUCUUCAGCUUUCUUGCAGCUCACCGCUGAGGCAGAGGACUCUUCCACCUAUACUUGUAAAGCUCCAGAAGCUACAGAUGAGAAACCAAAGCAGCUUGAACCUCCCAGUACACAGCAAAACCAAACUCAAGAGAAGCAAGUGCAACCAAAGCAAGAGCCUCAGCAGCAGCAGGACCAAGGAGAACAGAAGACCAGUUUGACGCACCAAAAGCUCUCUCAGUUAUCCUCCCCCAGCUCACUACAGCAGCAGCCACCCCUCCCGCAGACACCCCAGUGCUCUUUGCCACCGUCGAGUCCGAGCCCGUCUCAGCUCUCGCAUCUUUCCCUCAAGCCCCUUCAUACGUCUACCCCUCAGCAGCUGGCAAACCUACCUCCUCAGUUAAUCCCGUACCAGUGUGACCAGUGCAAACUGGCCUUCCCUUCCUUCGAGCAUUGGCAGGAGCAUCAGCAGCUUCAUUUUCUGAGCGCACAGAACCAGUUUAUACACCCCCAGUUCCUGGACAGGACGCUAGAUAUGCCUUUCAUGCUUUUUGACCCCAGUAAUCCACUGCUUGCGAGCCAGCUGUUAUCUGGAACCCUGCCUCAGAUCCCAGCCAGCUCGGCCACGUCGCCCUCAACACCAACAUCUACGAUGAACACGCUGAAGAGAAAGCUGGAGGAAAAGGCCAGUGCGAGCCCCGGGGAGAACGACAGCGGGACGGGGGGAGAAGAGCCUCAGCGAGACAAGCGGCUGAGGACGACGAUUACCCCGGAGCAGCUGGAGAUCCUUUACCAGAAGUACUUGCUGGACUCCAACCCGACGCGGAAGAUGCUGGAUCACAUUGCACACGAAGUGGGCUUGAAGAAGCGCGUGGUGCAGGUUUGGUUUCAGAACACCCGAGCCCGGGAGAGGAAGGGACAGUUCAGAGCGGUGGGGCCUGCCCAAGCCCACAGGCGCUGCCCUUUCUGCCGCGCGCUCUUUAAAGCCAAGACCGCUCUGGAAGCGCACAUCCGAUCCCGUCAUUGGCACGAGGCCAAGAGAGCUGGCUACAACCUGACUUUGUCUGCUAUGCUUUUAGACUGUGACGGGGGGCUCCAGAUGAAGGGAGACAUCUUUGAUGGAGCAAGCAGCUUUUCCCACAUGCCGCCAAGCGGCAGCGACAGUCAGGGUGUUCCCCUCUCGCCGGUGAACAAAAGCAUGGAGCUGUCGCCUAGAACGCUGCUUAGUCCGUCCUCCAUUAAGGUAGAAGGGAUAGAAGACUUCGAAAGUCCCUCCAUGUCCUCGGUUAACCUGAGUUUUGACCAAACGAAGCUGGACAACGACGACUGUUCUUCUGUCAACACUGCGAUCACAGACACUACAACUGGAGACGAAGGCAAUGCAGACAACGACAGCGCCACGGGGAUUGCAACUGAAACCAAAUCAACAUCAGGACCCAGCGAGGGUCUGACAAAGGCUGCCAUGAUAGCAAUGUCUGAGUAUGAGGAUCGGUUGUCUUCUGGCCUAGUCAGCCCAGCUCCCAGCUUUUACAGCAAAGAGUACGAUAAUGAAGGUACUGUGGACUAUAGUGAAACAUCCAGCCUUGCAGACCCCUGCUCACCCAGCCCCGGUGCAAGUGGUUCGGCCAGCAAGUCUGGAGAGAGCGGGGAUCGGCCAGGGCAGAAGCGUUUUCGCACUCAGAUGACUAAUCUCCAGCUAAAGGUUCUGAAGUCAUGCUUUAAUGACUACAGGACACCCACCAUGCUGGAGUGUGAGGUCCUGGGCAAUGACAUUGGACUGCCAAAGAGAGUUGUUCAGGUCUGGUUCCAGAAUGCUAGGGCCAAGGAGAAGAAAUCCAAGCUCAGCAUGGCCAAGCAUUUUGGCAUAAACCAAACAAGUUAUGAGGGACCCAAAACAGAGUGCACUUUGUGUGGCAUCAAGUACAGCGCUCGGCUGUCUGUACGUGACCAUAUCUUCUCUCAACAGCAUAUCUCCAAAGUUAAAGAAACCAUUGGAAGCCAGUUGGAUAAGGAGAAGGAGUACUUUGACCCAGCAACCGUACGUCAGUUGAUGGCUCAGCAGGAGUUGGACCGGAUCAAGAAAGCCAAUGAGGUUCUUGGUCUGGCAGCUCAGCAGCAGGGCAUGUUUGAUAACACCCCUCUGCAAGCUCUGAACCUUCCUACUGCGUACCCGGCACUGCAGGGCAUCCCUCCCGUCUUGCUCCCAGGCCUCAACAGCCCGUCCUUGCCAGGCUUCACUCCAUCCAACACAGCUUUAACUUCUCCAAAACCCAACCUGAUGGGUCUGCCCACCGCAAGCGUCCCCUCGCCCGGCCUCCCCACGUCUGGAUUACCAAAUAAACAGCCCUCGGCCUCGCUGAGCUCGCCGACCCCAGCACAGCCCACGGUGGCCAUGGCCCCCCAGCAGCAGCAGCCGCCGCCGCAGCCGCCGCCGCAGCGCAAGGAAAAGGAAAGUGAGAAGAUUAAAGAGAAGGAGAAGGCACCUAAAGGGAAAGGGGAUUCCCUGCCGGGGCCCAAGAAGGAGAAAGGAGAGGCACCGGCAGCCACCCUGUCGGCCCCCCUGCCCACCAUGGAGUACGCAGUGGAGCCUGCCCAGCUUCAGGCGCUGCAGGCUGCCUUGAAUUCAGAUCCAACCACCUUGCUUACAAGCCAGUUCCUUCCCUACUUUGUCCCCGGCUUUUCUCCCUAUUACGCCCCUCAGAUCCCGGGGGCCUUGCAGAGCGGGUACCUGCAGCCCAUGUACGGCAUGGAAGGCCUGUUCCCCUACAGCCCUGCGCUGUCGCAGGCUCUGCUCGGCCUGUCCCCCAGCUCCCUGCUGCAGCAGUACCAGCAAUAUCAGCAGAGCCUGCAGGAGGCAUUGCAGCAGCAGCAGCAGCGGCAAGUGCAGCAGCAGCAGCAGCAGCAGACAGCAGCACAGGAGCAACAGCCCAAAGGAAGCCAAACCCCAGUCCCCGCGGGGGCUGCUACCCCAGACAAAGACCCUGCCAAAGAAUCCCCCAAACAAGAAGAGCAGAAAAACGCACCCCGUGAGGUGUCCCCCCUCCUGCCCAAACCCCAAGAAGAGCCCGAAGCAGAAAGCAAAAGUGCGGACUCCCUGUGUGACCCCUUCAUUGUUCCAAAGGUGCAGUACAAGCUGGUCUGUCGCAAGUGCCAGGCGGGCUUCAGCGACCAGGAGGCGGCCAGCAACCACCUGAAGUCCCUCUGCUUCUUCGGCCAGUCUGUGGUGAAUCUGCAAGAGAUGGUGCUUCAUGUGCCCACUGGCAGCAGCGGCAAGGGCAGCGGCUCGUACCAGUGCGUGGCGUGCGAGAGCACGGUGUGUGGGGACGAAGCCCUGAGUCAGCAUCUCGAGUCAGCCCCGCACAAACACCGAACAAUCACAAGAGCAGCAAGAAACGCCAAAGAGCACCCCAGUCUAUUACCUCACUCUGCCUGCCUCCCCGAUCCUAGCACCGCAUCUACCUCGCAGUCUGCCGCUCACACAAACGACAGCCCCCCGCCCUCUCUGUCCUCCUCCUCGGCUUCCCCCCACGCCUCCAGAAAGUCUUGGCCCCCAGCGGGCUCCCGGGCUCCCCUCGGGAAGCCGCCUCCUCCUUCGUUCCCUCCUCUCUCCUCAUCUUCAACGGUUACCUCAAGUUCAUGCAGCACCUCAGGGGUUCAGCCCUCGAUGCCAACAGACGACUAUUUGGAGGAGUCUGACACGGAUCUUAGCCAAAAGUCAGAUGGACCGGCUAGCCCGGUGGAGGGGCCUAAGGACCCCAGCUGCCCUAAGGACAGUGGUCUAACUAGUGUAGGAAUGGACACCUUCAGAUUGUAAGCUUUGAAGAUGAACAAUAAAAAUGAAUUUAAAUAAAAAAAAAAAAUUAAUAACAAACCAAUUUCAAAAAUAGACUAACUGCAAUUCCAAAGCUUCUAACCAAAAAAAGAAAAAGAAAAAAAGAAAAAGUGUGGGUUGUUUUCCCAUAUAACAAUGCCGGUGGGUUUUACAUUUCUUUUUUUUCCUUUUAAUAAAAAAUGAAAAAAAAAAAAGCUGUUACAUUUGUCCUUUUGAAGGUACUGUUGGUCUGGGAGACGAGUCUAUACUGCCUCCUUAAUGUCUUUGGAGCUUAAACCCCUUGUAUAUUGCCCUUUUUCAAUAAUGCCCCUCACUGAUAGCACAGCAGAGGCCGGCACGCACUGUAUGGGAAAGCAGCCCACCUUGUUACAGUUUUAAAUUUCUUGCUAUCUUAGCAUUCAGAUACCAAUGGCUUGCUAAAAGAAAAAAGAAAUGUAAUGUCUUUUUAUUCUCAGGUCAAUCGCUCACACUUUGUUCUGUUUUCAGAAUCAUUGUUUUAUAUAUAUAUAGAUAUAUAUACACAC